AUGGGGGAUGGAAAAAACCCCCUUAUGCGCUGUUCUGAAAAGGAUCGAGAUACCGUUAAACAGUCCGAGGACGCUCAACAUCAAUUCAAGGAAAGUGUCCUCCAGGGAAAGGAUUUCUCGGAUGCCGAAAAGGCGACCGUGCAAUUCACGAGCGUUGAACAGUUUCAAAAUUAUUGGAACCAAGCAAAUCGAGCGCAGGGAGAUUUCGACGACAAGCACGAAGCAGGAUGUGGUCUUUGUGUCCGACGAUACCAGUCGUCGGGAGACCUGGUGCUAGGCUUCAUGAAAGACUUUUCUCCCAUUGUUGAUGCAGUCAAGAACUUUGCUUCCCCGUAUGGAGGACUCGCCAUUGGCACCAUCUCGCUCGUUUUUGUGGUAGCGCGAAACAAGGACAGCGUGGAGAAAACUCUGGCUUUGACCAUCUCGGAGAUUCGAAACCGUUUGCCGGGAAUCGACCUAUACCGGCAUAUCUACGAUGAAAAUCAUGCACUGGAUCACACUCUCCAGAAUCAGAUCGUAGCGGCCUACCAAACUUUCAUCGACUUUUGCAUUGUUGCCACCAAGUACUACAAGGCCCGGGGUGCUCGACGUUGGCUGAAGGCAUUGGGCCCACCGGGCAGUCUCGUUGAUAGUGCAACCAAUGUGCAAGAUUCCUUCGUUGAUAUCAAACGGACCAGCCAUGAAUUGCUGGCGAAGAAUGUCGAUCGAAUCAAGAAGAAAAACGAAGAUCUCGAAAAAAAGGUGUCGGCACUGCAGGACCAGCUCACCAAUAGAGACACAGAUGACUUCCAACAGGCUUUUAAGCUUGAGAGCUUCUCCGAGGAAACGUUGCAGAAAACUCUUGCCGCUCGCCGUGACGCCCUGGCCAUGGAGUUGGACAUAAAUGCUGGGUUCUUGCAGCAACUGCGAGGUCCUCAUUUGGACCAAUUUAUCAGCAAGGGAGUGUAUGAGCAAUGGGAUGCAUCGGAGCAGCCCUGUCUGCUUAUUCUGAGUGGUCAGAACUUCCCCGGGCUUCUCUCGCAGCAGUGCUGGCUCUCCCGGGUAGCCAUCUCCACUAUUGACCGAGUCAUGGCAUCUGCAGCACACUGUGCUUACUAUGUCCUUUCGCAGCAGGAAGCGUCACUCUAUCAAGUGCUUCCGAGCAUUCUACUGCAGUUAAUGGCGAAAAAGAGAGAUAUGCUGCGCGUGGAGAAACAGCGCGAUGCCCUGAGAGCAGAGCUGCACGAGUACCGCAAUUCGGAAAUGAAAGCUUCGAGGAUGAACGGGUACGAUAGCCGAACAAACCCCCUUCACAAUAUUGCACGGCGGGUAGUGCAGUUCUUCGAUGAAAGCGAGACGGUAUAUAUCAUUGUCGACCGCACCGAUUGGUGUUGCGACUACGUCAACUAUGACCACCGAAAGUCUUUGGUGGAUAGUUUAGUGCAGAUGGUGAACGCCGCACGGUGUAGACUCAAGAUCCUCGCCGUGGCUGACAGCUCCAGCUGGUCGGUUGAAGAACACCAAGACGACCUACGCAUUCCAAAGAUGGAGCGUGUGGUGGUGCACACGAUGCACCAGAAAACGGCCUGA